GCCAAAUGCUUUAUAAAACAGAAAACAACUUACAACUUUUUAGCUGGGUCCCUGGAAGGAGAUGACCAAUCUGACCUGACCCUGCCUUUUUCCUUGGGGAUUUUGGUAUAUUUUGGAGGGUCUUCCCCCCCCGCCCCCAAAUUCUCUGGAGUGCAGUGCUGACAUCAAGAUGUCCAUUAUGGACACAUCUAUUUAUACUUUUUGUUUUUUAAUGUCAGAACAGUGAUGUGAAUACAAUACAAUUCCAGGAAUCCGUCACUUCCUGGAACAGAUUAAAAGGGACAAACAAAAGAUUACUUAGUUGUGUUUUUUCCCAGAGCUUCAUUACUCCUGGAGCCAGCGUCCAAGUAGGUUGCCGUUCUCCCAGCUCUACAUUCAGGGAGAGAUUAUUUAUUGAUACCUAUUUAUUGUUAUUUCGGAGGUGCUUUAAAUCCUGACUUGAAAGGUCGUUCUGAAGGAGAUUUCAUUCCUUCUUUUAAAAUCCUUUUUCCUUUUCUCUGGUCAUUUUUAUUUUAUUUUAUUUUUUUAAUCAGAGCAAGAAUAUAUUUUCUUAUCUUCAAAAGCACCAAGACUGCGCACAUUUUCCUAGCUAAAGUUGCUGAAAAAUCUGUAAAGUCUUUCUCUGGGCAGCCUGAUUUGCUUUCUGCUUGGCUUCUCCCGGUGUGUGAACUCCACAGUGCCGUGGAAGAGGUUUGUUGGGAGCAGUCCAGUCUUUUUCUUCCUGUGAAUUCCUAACUAAAGAUUUGUCCUAACUCCUCUGGGGAACAAAGAAGGCGGCAAGAAAAGGGGGAAGACCAUUUUCCCAUCCCAUUGAAGACUUAAUGCGUUUUUCUUGGUCCUGGAGUGACAUGAUCAUCUGUGUUCAGGGACCCCAUCCUUUGCUGGCAGAGGAGAAGUUCAGGAGACAGUCGCUCAGAGGCAUUGCAGUGGAUUUGUCCGAGCAGAUCAUGCAACCUCGCUCCGUUACGGUCUUCCAGGGAGAAUCUGCUCCUGCCUUCAUGGCACCUGCUCCUGAGAAUAACCUGCCUCGGAUGCGAGAUCCUGAAGAAGACCUGCUAUGCAUUGCAAAAACCUUCUCCUAUCUGCGAGAAUCUGGCUGGUAUUGGGGGUCUAUCACAGCUAGUGAGGCCAAGCAGCAUCUUCAGAAGAUGCCUGAGGGUACCUUCCUGGUACGGGACAGUACCCACCCCAGCUACCUGUUCACACUCUCCGUCAAGACCAACCGGGGUCCCACCAAUGUGCGCAUUGAAUAUGCCGACAGCAAGUUCCGGCUCGACUCAAACUGCCUGUCCAAACCCCGCAUCCUGGCCUUCCCAGAUGUGGUCAGCCUUAUCCAGCACUACGUCAUGUCCUGCACAGUGGAGAACAAGAAUGAGGCCCCUUACACACCGCCCUCGCCCCUGUCCUCCAUGCAAAAGGAGAUGGUGGCUGCAGCAGUGCACUUGAAGCUGAUACGGCCACUCAGCCGCAAGGACAGCGUCCCCAGCCUACAGCACCUGUGCCGGCUACAGAUCAACAAGUCAACAGAGGAGGUGGACCAGCUGCCCCUGCCCAGGAGGAUGGGGGACUAUUUGAAGCAAUAUCCCUUCCAGCUCUGAGGUGCAGCCAACUGGCUUCAGACCAACAGACUAGAAUCUUGAUGUCUUUUUGUCUCGCUGAAGCAUGGCAUCAAGGGGGUACAGUAAAGACAUGGUCAUCAGCAGUGAUUGCAUCCACUUUUCCUCUCCCCUCCCCCAAUUCCAUGUCUACACCAGGGAGGGGCUGGUUGUACCUGUGAACUGUGGGACACAAUCCGACUUCCGAGCCGCAGAGGCUUGAAGGAAAUGCUCUUGACACGUGCACACUACUUGAAUUUUAGAGCUGCCGUGACGUUAGGAGUAUUACCAGUGUUUUCAUCACUAUUUAUUUCCUUGGUAGCCUCUCUCCUGAUAUUUUAAAGCACCUUUUAGUCCA